UCCCAAGCCUUUAAUUUCAGAUUGGGAAAAAGCACAGUUUGUAAUAUCAUAAAAGAAACAUGUAGUGGAAUAUGGAAUUCUUUAUGUACCACAUACCUGAAGGCUCCAAAGUCUGAGCAUGAAUGGAAAGAGAUCGCAAAUGAAAUGUUUACUCAGUGGAAUUUUCCAAACUGCAUAGGUGCAUUGGAUGGAAAACACAUUGCAAUUGAAUGCCCUGCCAAUAGUGGAUCUAAUUUUUUUAAUUACAAAAAGUUUUAUAGUAUCGUAUUGAUGGCCAUGUGUGAUGCUAGGUACUGUUUUACAUUGGUGGAUAUUGGAAAUAAUGGAAGAGACAAUGAUGCACAAAUUUUCAAUAAUUCAGCAAUGGGCAAAGCUUUGUCAAAUAAUGAAUUAAAUGUUCCAUCCUGCAGUUCCAUUGUUGGCCAUACACUGCCUUAUGUUGUUGUAGCCGAUGAAAUCUUUGCACUCAAACCAUGGUUAAUGAAGCCAUAUGGUGGUAAAGGAUUACCACAAGAUAAAGAAAUAUUUAAUUACAGACUUAGUCGUUGCAGACGAACAAUAGAAAACAGUUUUGGCAUCCUUUCAGCAAGGUGGAGGAUUUCGCCAAUCAAAGCCAAGCCUGAAACAGUUGACUUGAUUAUAAAAGCAUGCUUAUGCCUGCAUAAUUAUUUACAGCUAACAUACAAUGCCCAUUACAUCCCAGCUGGUUUUGUAGAUGCUGAAGAUACUACAGGUAAUAUCGUACCUGGUAACUGGAGAAGCAUUACAUCAGGUGAUAAUGGUGCAAUGGAAGCAUUCUCAGUUGGAAGGGCAAAUAAUAGAUCUUCCUUUGAAGCUAUUGAAGUUAGAGAAAAAUUCAAGAAAUAUUUCACAAGCAAAGAGGGAUCCUUGUCUUGGCAAGUCACUUAUGUUAAUAGUUUUUAAAGUUAACUGACAUAUUGUUUGGAGUAUAGUCUAACCAUAAUCUGCACCACUAAUUUCAGGUUUCAUAUAAAUAAAAUUAUUAAGUUGUUAA